UUCUCUCUCCCCUCAGAGCCUUCUUUCUUUCUUUUUCUUCCCUUUACCCUGUCUUCUCUUUUUCCACCUUUACACACAUUCCCGGGGGCUUUACAUCACUUCCCUGGAGUCUGCUUUCAGACCUCUUCCCCUCCAAGCAGAGCUGCCAAUCACCCAGGCUCUAGGUCUGUGUCCCAGUCACUGUGUCUCUGCCGGAGCAGCAGGUGUGACCCUUUCUCUCUCGUUCCUGCCUUCAAAUACUUUAAGCUGGUUCUGCCACCCAUCCAAGGGGCACUACAGAGCUCAAGGAAUUGGUAGUGAAUAGGAAGCCUUUUGCUACUAGGUCACAGGAUAAACCUAGGCCAGGUCAGUUAGUGGCUGAAUAUUGAUACCACCGAGUGGCUGCUUUGAGCUGGUCUGUGUGACAGGAGUUAGUGCUCCCAGCCCAGAUCUCAGGGAACAGGUCAAAAUCCACCAUCGCAACUGGCUCCAAUCUGCCCCCUUGUCAGCUACGUCUGAAGAGAGACCAAGGACUGAAUGGAGACUGUGCUCCCUUCGUGCCCCUACAGAGGCGCUUUGGGAGGGGCACCUAGCACUGCCAUUGGCCAUGCUCAGGGCUGUCCAUCCAGCAUAGUCCAGAGCACUGAAUAACAGUAAUGACAGAGCCCCUUCCCUGUUCCUGAGCCUCAGUUCAGCGGCUGGGAAUGGCAAGAGUCAAACACCAAUCCCAACACAAAGAGACCUUAGCAAUGCAUUGUCCUGGGAAGGGAGGAAGGGUAAAGCUGGCAAACCCUUCCCCCUCCCAGCAGCAGAAUGGAUUCUACUGGUAACUGUCCCAGUUACCAGUGGAAGAAUCUCUCAGAGAAAAGGCCUGAGCAGUCCCUUCAAGGAGACCUGGACACACCAUCAGCUUCCCCCACAGCACCUCUGCCCUCCGCUCUCCCUGGGACACUGGCCAGACUUCUUGCUUGCAACAAAGUUUGCUCUGUUGUGGGUUAGGUUACUGGAUAUGGAUCUUUUAUGCAAGACCAAUCUGAUCCAGGCUUUUUGCAGUGGAUCCUUUGAGGAUUCCUUCGAAAAAAUUACGAGAAACAUGGUGUAUUUUAGCAAGAUUCGUUUUUCCUGAGACAGCAAAUCUACAAGUUCUACAGGCACCCAGAUACUGAGUGAUGGGCAUGGUAUAAACACCUAGAUAGAUAGAUAAUGGUAAAUCAGGGAAAGAUAAUGGUAAAUCAGGUAGAGAUAUGUCCUUCUGAGUCUUCCACAGCCAGAGGCUACCAGUCCAGAUGUUUCAUUAAAGUGCCAGGGCUCAGCUCCAACCUAAACCAUAGGAAAUUCAACAGGCCCACCUCCAACUAGCACAUAUGGGCCAGCCUCACUACUUCCUGAUGUUCUGGACUGUGUUUGCUUUUGAUGAAUGGGCCGUGGCAUGAUUCUCUGAAUUGGAUUUCUGGGCCUACCUGAAAUGGACUUUGGGGUGUCCCCAGGAAGAGAAGAACCUGAGUUUCUGUGCACAGCUGGGAUGGACUCCUAGUUUUUCUGUUUCUGGACAGCGUCCCCACACUGCACAGAAAUCCUUUACUAGCAUAUCAUGGGUACCCCUUGCUGUACCCCAGCCUCCUUCCACCCCCUUAGCAGGUUUCCGGAUGGCCUCAGUGUCUCCAUGUUUUGUUUCUCACAGGCUCUGUGAUGACGGUGACGUACACAAAUCGAGUAGCUGAUGCCCGCCUUGGAACCUUCUCGCAGCUCCUGAUCCGAUGGAAAGGGAGUAUCUACAAACUCCUCUACUGCGAGUUCUUCAUCUUCAUCACUCUCUACUUCAGCAUCAGCCUCACUUACAGGCUGAUCCUGAAUGCAAGCCAAAGGCUGAUGUUUGAGAAGCUGGCUCUGUAUUGCAACGACUAUGCUGAGCUGAUCCCUGUGUCCUUCGUGCUGGGUUUCUACGUGACCCUGGUGGUGUCUCGCUGGUGGGGACAGUACGAGAGCAUCCCAUGGCCCGACCGCCUCAUGAACCUGGUCUCCAGUAACGUGGACGGGCAGGACGAGUACGGGCGACUCCUGCGGCGCACCCUGAUGCGUUACAGCAACCUCUGCAGCGUGCUGAUCCUCCGCUCCGUCAGCACCGCUGUCUACAAGCGCUUCCCCAGCACGGAGCACAUCGUGCGAGCAGGCCUCAUGACCCCAGAAGAGCACAAGAAGUUUGAGAGCCUGAACUCUCCCCACAACAAGUUCUGGAUCCCCUGUGUGUGGUUCUCGAACCUGGCUGUGAAGGCACGGAACGAGGGCAGAAUCCGGGAUAGCGUGAUGCUCCAGGGCAUCCUGAACGAACUAAACACCUUGCGUAGCCAGUGUGGGCGACUCUAUGGGUAUGACUGGAUCAGUAUCCCGCUGGUCUACACUCAGGUGGUCACGGUGGCCGUUUACAGCUUCUUCCUGGCCUGCCUGAUUGGCCGGCAGUUCUUGGACCCAGAGAAGGGGUAUCCUGGCCAUGAGCUGGAUCUGUUUGUGCCUGUCUUCACACUCCUGCAGUUCUUCUUCUAUGCUGGCUGGUUAAAGGUGGCUGAACAGCUCAUCAACCCGUUCGGAGAGGAUGAUGACGAUUUUGAAACCAACUGGCUCAUCGACAGGAACCUGCAGGUCUCCCUUCUCGCUGUGGAUGACAUGCACCAGGAUCUGCCCUUCAUGGAGAAGGACCUGUACUGGAAUGAGUCCUACCCCCAGCCACCCUACACCGCAGCCACUGCUGAAUAUAAGCGAACAUCAUUUCUUGGCUCAACCUUUGACAUUAGCAUGCAGAAAGAAGAGAUGGAAUUUCAGCCGCUGGAGCAAAUUAAAGAGAACGAGGAGGCGAACCACUCUACACCACUGCUGGGACAUCUGGGCCGCCUGCUGGGGGUCCAGUCACCGAGUUUCUCCAGGUCAUCCUCCCGGAUGAACCUGCCACGCAAGAGGAAUGACCCCUUGUCCCCCUUCCCUCAUUACUUGUACCAGGAUGUAGGGAAAUCUGGAAGCCCCUGCAGUGCCAAUCAGCAAAAGGGAGACUCCUCCCACCCAGGCUCCAGUUCACAUGAGCAAUGGGACAAUGAAGACCGAAAACUGAGAGAGUUUGAUGCCUUCAUGUCAACCCCCUUCUUUGAGAGACCUGGCUUUUAUAGCGCUCCACAGACACCAAUCAGCUCCAUCCCGCUGAUCUUCCCAUCCAGGCGCCCAGGACGCAAGAAGCCCCCUGCUCUCUCCAGCAUUGUGGCCUGUUCGACUUCAAUGAGAGACAACUUUGCCAACCUGUCACCUUCCAGGGCUACUGAUGUGGACAAAAGCCAGAGCUCCCUUGGUUCUGCAGUUAAGGAAACUUUUGUUUGGCCAGGAGAGCGAGAAAAAGCCCCAGACUCCCUGGUGGUGACAGUAGAGGAAGGAGAGAAUAACACGUUGAACAAUAAAAUGAAUGAGGUCGCCCCUGUUAGGAGCCCAGGGCUUCAAUCAAUAGUGUCGGAAAGCCCCAAGUUUCCCUUCCUAGCAGAGGCCCCAGACCAUGAAAAACAGGGCAGCUUCAAGAGCUUGAAGAGUCUGAAAGGCCGCCGACAUCCCUGGCAAACUCUAGAGAACGUAACACCAGCAGCCACCCCAAACUCGGAUAAUCAUAGCAACUUUCAUACUCCCAGCAUGAGAACCCCUGGUGGCAGUGGGCCCCUCUUCUUUUCAUUCACCCCCGUGACAUCCCCAGUGCUGGAGAGGUCGCGCUUAGGGAACUCAGGCACUGUUCCUAGUCCAAGCUCAGAUGAUACAUCCAGUGCUCCAGUCCAGGCUUCCAUAGAGGUUUCUGGGACUGGAAGAGAGACAGGGAAUGGAAAUGCUAGUGCUCACCACACUGAGGAACAGAGAAGAGCAGAGAGUCCCUCACCUAAUGACUCCGGUAUCUCCUUAGCAGAGGGUGACUACGUGGGACUGAUGGAGGUGAUCAUGGAAGCCAGUGAGAACGUGUCUGAUGAAGGGAAGGUGGAUAGAUACAGCUAAAUGAAGAGACCAGUUGAUUCCUUCUGACUGCUGAGAUACCCACCCUGUUAAGAAUACUGCAGUGUCUUUACACCAAACAAUAUUGGUGCUCAAGACAUAUAGAGCUUCUACAAAGAGGCAAUACAACCAUACCAGCCAUGUACUGCCAAAGGGUGGAGCUUCAGUACCUGAUGGCCUGAACUUGUUCCCAGCGUGAGUUUACUAGCGAUGAACAUGGUGCAAUAAAGCAUACAAGAACAGUUCAUGGAACUUCAGUGUCACACCUUUGGGAAUACCUAUACAAUUAAAGCAAAAAAUUUUAUAAAAUUCUUCAUAAAGUGCAAGUACCUGAGAAUGGAGCAACAUAGGCCACCAGCCGUUUGGCAACUUGGGCACAGACACAGAUUAACUCAGAAGCCUGUUUCCUAAAUAUGCCUGGAAUGUUGACCCAUCUUACAAAACCACACCACCACUCAGCUGGUGUCUGGUGACUCGCUGGUGUCUGCCACAAGAGACCCAAUAACAAGUGCAGUGGGAUAUUUGUAAACAUUAGAAAUGUGGUAAAGUUUGGGGAGGAAGAGAGGAGGAAAGGGCUGAAUAGCUAUGGGGCAGGUGAUUUCAUUAGACUGGAGGUAGCUGAUUGUGUCUAGGAUUCGACUCAGAGGAGAUGAGCAUAACAAAGCUUAGUAUUGCUUGCACAGUCCAACUGUUUCUCCACCCCUGAAGUAUUUUGCCCCUCCUCUACUUCCCCACACCAAUUAAUCCAAGUGCUUUGAGGAGUGUGUUAGCACUCUUGUUUUUUUUUAAAAGAAAAUAGAAGGGGGGGAGAGGAGUUUAUAUGGCAGAUUUCAAAAAUAUUCUGAAUGGAAAACCCCUUAGUCAGAAUCUUAUUCUAAAGUGCACUCUGACAAACAACACAAGCUGAGGUCAAACAACAGGUGCUCUACUUCCUCAUUGCAGUUUCAAGAAAGCACAUCAGUGAACAGAAGCUAGGGAUGACUGCUCUCUCCUUCCCCACAGCCCUGCUUUAGGAGAAUAGCCAGAAGCCUCUUAUCUACUGAUCAAAGCCCCCAGGCAGAAAUUAGUUCAUGCAGGUUUUCCAUUUUAAGACACCCCUCCCACACACACCUUUGUUGCACCCAUUUUGCUAGCUACAGAAGCCGUUGCAUUUCAGACACCAAUCACAAUACUUUCUAGAAGCUUUAAGCAUUAUUCAGAACAGCAGAUUACUGUAAAGACAGGCUGAUGAGCUUUCUAGAGAUCAAAUGAGUGAAGUGUUGUUCUGCAGUAUGUACUUGGAGAGAUUUGUGCUUCAGAACCCACAGCCCUGAUACAGUUCCUCAGUUUACACUGAAUGGUGCUGGUGUUCCAGAGGAUGUGGUGUCUUCCCCUGUGUAUGUGUAUAUAUAUAUCCUAAAGACACUCAGGAGCUCUCACUGACUCUGCUUGCCCUUCAUCUAAACUAAACUGAAGUAUGGCACUCCUUUCCCUGGAGGAAGUCUUUAGAGGCAGCCUGAGAACCUCCUGCUGAAGAAUAUUAGUCCACACUUCUUCCAUUCUCUGCUUGUCAUGUAAGCAUUUGAAGUGCUUAGCUUUUCUUCCCCAUGCCUUUUCAGCACAGCAAGCUAGCUAAUAAUGCAAGGUGUUUCUCAAAGCUUUGGGGGUGGUAUCUAGAGAGGGGUCAGGGCAUAAACAUUUGAGUAGAAGAGCAGAGACUGUUGUUGUUCUUUGGCCACUUUCUUUAUGAUGAGCUUCCCCAUUGUAGCUUUUAGCUAAGUCUUCUAUGCACACAAACACCCCCUCCAGUGUAUACUCAUGGACUAAUCCCUACAGUAGGGAUUAAGUGGGGAGGCAUUCCCUACCCCUGAGUCAUAGUCUGUGAUCUGUGGUGAGCCUAAAGGAACAGUGCCCAGUCAAUGAUGCCAGAUCUGCCCCCACUAAUGUAUUCACACAGCUGACCCCCAUUCUGAAAUGGGUCAUCACAGGGUAAAUCAGGAAUAUGCUGUGAAACCUCCAAAUGUAGGAUUCACUCCCACAUUA